AUGAUAAAGCGGCCAACCAGCGAGUCAUACUAUAACCUUGGUACCUAUGAAAGGAAGAUCAGCACGCAGAAUUCGGAUGCCCAGGAAUGGUUCAAUCGCGGACUGAACUGGACAUACGCCUUCAACCACGAAGAAGCAUGUUACUGCUUCCGCCAAGCCAUUGCCCACGAUCCAGAGUGUGCAAUGGCCCACUGGGGUCUUGCAUUCGCCGCGGGCCCCAACUACAACAAAAGCUGGGCAGUGUUCAGUACUGAAGACCUCAAGAAGGUGGUCACCCAAUGCAACUCCGACGCACAGGUAGCUCUGGAGAAGUCAUCAAUGGCAACACCAAUGGAGAAAGCGGUCAUCCAGGCACUACAAAAACGCUACUCGAUCGAGGAAGUGACGACCAACUUUCCCAAGUCAAACAAGGCUUACGCUGAAGCGAUGAGGGAGGUGUAUCGUGAGUUCGGUCACCACGAUCUAGACAUCACCACGCUCUUUGCCGAUGCGCUCAUGACAUGGACUCCAAGAGACUUCUUUGACAAGAAGACAGGAAAGCCUGUUGCAUCGUCGUCUGUGCUCGAGGUCAAGGGGGUUUUGGAAACUGGUCUGGAGCAUGCCGAAGUUUCUCGCCAUCCAGGUGUUCCGCACAUGUACAUCCAUCUUAUGGAGAUGUCAGACACGCCAGAGAAAGCACUCGUAGCCGCUGACAUCAUCCGUAAUUUGGUUCCAGACGCUGGUCAUAUGUCGCAUAUGCCUUGCCAUAUCGAUGUCCUCGUGGGUGAGUACCGUCGCGCGAUGCUGUAUAACCACAAAGCGACUGUCGCCGACGAUAAUUUCUUUGUCAAGCAAGGUGGUCUGAAUUUCUGCAGUUUCUACAGGCUCCACAACUAUCAUUCCUUGAUCUAUGCGGCGAUGUUGGUAGGUCAGUCCCAGGUCGCUUUAGAGUCCUGCGACCGCAUGGAAGCAACGAUUACAGAAGAGAUGUUGAGAGUCAAAUCGCCACCUAUGGCCGAUUGGCUGGAGUUCUUCCUGGCUGUCAGAGUCCAUGUUCUGAUUCGAUUUGGGAGAUGGGACGAGCUCAAGAAGCUGCAGAUACCAGAGGAUAACAGCGUUCCCAUCGUACAGUAG